GCCACUGGUACCUAAGGUGGUGCGGGUCAUGGUGCCGGCCCUGCGCUACUUGAGCGGUGCCUGCGGAUGGCCCCGGGGGCGCUUCCCUGGGAGUUUCCCCGGAACGUGCGGGCCGGCGUCGGGGAGACCCAGACUCCUGUGCGGCGGUGGCCGCCAAGCCAGCACCAGCUCAUUUGAUGUAGUCAUUGUUGGUGGUGGAAUUGUGGGUCUUGCCUCUGCCAGAGCACUCGUCCUGAAACACCCUGCACUUUCAAUUGGCGUGGUGGAAAAGGAGAAAGAUUUAGCAAUUCAUCAGACUGGACACAACAGUGGUGUCAUACAUAGUGGAAUUUAUUAUAAACCCGAAUCUCUGAAAGCUAAAUUAUGUGUAGAAGGUUCAUCCCUCAUCUACGAGUACUGUAACCUUAAGGGAAUUCCCUACAAACAAUGUGGCAAGCUAAUCGUAGCUGUUGAACAAGAAGAAAUUCCCAGACUUCAGGCACUGUAUGAGAGAGGCCUACAGAAUGGUGUCAAAGGCUUGAGACUGAUCCAGCAGAAGGAUAUUAAAAAAAAGGAACCCUAUUGCAGGGGUCUAAUGGCUAUUGAUUGUCCAUAUACUGGCAUUGUGGACUACCGAAAGAUAGCUUUGUCAUUUGCCCAGGAUUUCCAAGAAGCAGGUGGCUCUAUCUUGAAAGAUUUUGAAGUAAAAGACAUUGAAAUGGCUAAAGAAAGCCCUUCAGCAAGUAAGGAUGGGAUGAAAUACCCAAUUGUUGUAAGGAGUACAAAGGGAAAGGAAAUUCAGUGUCGGUAUGUUGUGACAUGUGCAGGACUUUACUCAGACCGCAUUUCAGAGCUGAGUGGCUGUAAUCCCGAUCCUCGAAUUGUGCCAUUCAGGGGAGAUUACCUGCUCCUGAAGCCUGAAAAAGGCUAUCUUGUAAAAGGAAAUAUCUAUCCGGUCCCAGAUGCCCGGUUUCCUUUCCUUGGCAUUCACUUCACACCAAGGAUGGAUGGCAGUAUUUGGCUAGGGCCAAAUGCAGUGCUUGCAUUUAAAAGGGAAGGUUACAGACCCUUUGACUUCAGUGCCAGAGAUUUUAUGGAAGUAGUUAUCAAUAGUGGCUUCAUUAAACUGGUGUUCCAGAAUUUCUCCUAUGGAGUUAAUGAAAUGUAUAAAGCCUGUUUUCUUAGUGAAACAGUGAAGGAUCUUCAAAAGUUCAUCCCUGAAAUUACCAUUAAUGAUAUAGUUAGAGGCCCAGCUGGAGUAAGAGCCCAAGCCCUGGAUAGAGAUGGAAAUCUGAUUGAUGACUUUGUAUUUGAUGGAGGAGUUGGGGAUAUUGGAAACCGUGUUCUUCAUGUGAGAAAUGCACCUUCCCCUGCUGCCACUUCUUCUCUGGCAAUUUCAAGAAUGAUCGAAGAUGAAGUGCAGCAAAGGUUCAAGUUGUAGCUAAGGAAGGGAACUGAGGAGCAUUAUAAUCCACAUCAGCACCAAGGAUACACUAAUUGUAUUCUUGAAUUAAAAUUUAAGAAGAUGAUUUUAAAAUGUUACUUUUAGACCCAGAUAACCAUUGAAUUAUUGAUACAUUGUAACAUAAAUUUUUUUUUAAAAAAUUCAAGUCUAUAUUCUUUUACUUUGAGCAAAGGAGCAAAGUGCAGCUGUAUUAUCUGAAACCAUGACUUUGUUAAUGAUACCCUUCCUACUGUGGUCCAGGGUUAGCUCUUUUAGAAUUCUUGGGAAAGGUGGCAUAAAAAUAAACUAUUCCUGGCCAGGCAUGGUAGCACAUGCCUUUAAUCCCAGCAUUUGGGAGGCAGAGGCAGGCAGAUCUCUGUGAGUUCAAGGCCAGCCUGGUCUACAUAGUGAGUUCUAGGCCAGCUGGGGCUACAGUGAGACCCUGUCAAAGAGACAAAAAAAAAAAAAAUUAAGUAUUCCUUUAAAAUAAAAUUUUAGCUUUGUUGUUGUGAGCAUUCUUUUGAAGAGUCAUAGGAAAGCUCACAUUAUUUAGAACAGCAUUUUUAUUUAAAAAUUGAAAAUACUUGAUUUUAAGUAUAGCAUAAAACCAACUUGAGCCUUUAUUACUUCCAGUUUCUCUGUAAGUCUCCUCAUAGCACAUAGUGUGGUAUUACAAUCACUCCAUCUAAACAGCAGUAUUCUGUGUGAUUGUUGCCUACAUAGCAGUCUCCUCUGGUUGAGAAACUAAAGCCCUGGGUCUACUCGGAUUUUAUAAGAGCAUUUUAAAAUCCUGACACUGAUGUGUAGAACUCUGUAUUUUCAAACAGCUAUUUAGUUCAUAACUGUCCUUCAGUCACACUAAGGUUUCCAAACUGUUCGCCAAGAUUAGUAAGGAUUCAUACAUAUUUCGGUUUUCAGGAUUCCUAUAAACUUUUGUGAGGAUUUCUCCAUUCUUGGUUGACAUCUAACUUGGAGGCAUUCACUUUUGUAAACCGCGAAAGUGCCUUACAUUCAUGUGUACUUCAUGAAUAUGUUAAGUUGAUGCCCAGUACCAUACUGUAUUCUGUACAUAUAUAAUGUGUAUAUUUUAUCCAGUGAAAUAUGUCUUCCAUAUAGAAAGUUGGAAAAUAGUGAUGUAAGUGAACUAUGGCAACCUGACUGUGGACUCAGCUUGUAGGCAAGACAUUUCCAUCCCCUCCUGCACAUAUUCUUCUCUCCAGGACUGUCUUCCAUUCUUCUCACCAACCCUGUGUGGUGAGUGGGAAGGAUAUUCAUGUUAAUUGAUAGGAAAGCCUUUCCUUUUUCCUUUCCCCUUCACUUCAGCCCUCAGUGAUUAUGUAAAUUAAGCUACCUCAUCUAUUUAUUUGAAAGGCUACAUAGCAUCAGCUCCAGUUCAAGAGGCAGCACAUCCCACGUAAAUAGACUAGACAAGUAUUCAACACAUAGAAUGGGCAUAUUGAAAACAUUCAGAAAUCAUUCACAGAGGGAACAGACCCCCUAAUGGUUCUUCAUAACAACUAAUUCCUGCAAGAAAUGCAUCUCACAGGAUAUUUUUUGUUCUAAGACUACUUAAGAGAUGGAAACAUUACAUUAAGAUUCUUUUUACCUUGUGGACAAAAUGAGAAUUUUUACCUUUUAAAUGUGAUGAGAGGGGUGUGUAUGGGUUCUCUCUCUCUCUCUCUCUCUCUCUCUCUCUCUCUCUCUCUCUCUUUCCAGAGCUGAGGACCAAACCCAGGGCCUUGCACUUGCUAGGCAAGUACUCUACCACUGAGCUAAAUCCCCAACCCCUGGGGUUCUCUCUUUCAUCAACAGUAAGAUUAUGUGUAUAUACACUAGGCUGGGAAAGACUGAAAUUAUAGAAAUAACCAUCAUGAUUGAUUGAAGCAAUCCCUACUCUCCAUUUGGGUGUGUGCUAUACUCCCCAAAAGAAUAGAGAAGAAUUUGUUGAAGGUAUUUUGAGUAUAUAAAUUAUUCUGUUUGUAACAUAUUUGAUACUACGUCAAUAGGAUUUUGUUGUUAAAAACUGGUAUAUAAGAAUUUUGUAGCCAGGCGUGGUGGCGCAGGCCUUUAAUCCCAGCACUUGGGAGGCAGAGGCAGGUGGAUCUCUGUGAGUUCAAGGCCAGCCUGGUCUACAUAGUGAGUUCUAAGACAGCUGGGGCUAC